CCGAUAGGCCUACUGUGGUGGUAUUGUGGCUCGUUCGUUUAAAGUGUGACGUUCUGCACAGUUCGACCAACAGAAACAGUACGAUAGAGUGUCAGAGAGUUUGAUUGACUGGCCUGACUGACUAGACUAACCGACUGAUAGUGGGCAGCAGCUUCUAAGCAAUGAGUGCGAAUAUUAGUGACGACGAGGAGCCCAAGAUGUCUAGAUUGUUAAAGUUAGCUCAAAAGUUUAACUGUUUUUACCUGAAUGGCCUAGCGAAGGGCGAAUGUAGACCGUUCGUCAUCGAUGGACAGCAGGUUGGACUGAUUAGUCAGAAUGUGAUGGAACAAUUGUUCCGGUAUCCGGAGGUGUUCUGCAUCAAAGAUGCCGAACAGGGCAAGCAGAACAUCGUCGAGCUGAAUCCUGCGUUUCGCGAUUACACCGAACGUUCCGAGCAGGUUGACCGGGUACUCAAGGAAUUCCGCUCCCAGGGCCUAUUCGUAGCGUUGAAGGGAUGGCGCAACGAGUGCUACGAAGUGCGUGGCUUCACCGGAUCGCUCAUGAAGAUGGAACGAUCGGCCACGUCGCUGUUCGGAGUGCGUAACUAUGGCGUAACGAUCAACGGGUACAUCCAGCACCCCUCGAAGGGCCUCUGCAUCUGGUUGCAGCAGCGGGCCGACACCAAGCAGACAUGGCCCGGCAAGUGGGACAACAUGGUCAGCGGCGGGUUAUCCGUUGGCUACGGCAUUCACGAAACGGCCGUCAAGGAAGCCGCCGAGGAGGCAUCCGUACCGGAGCGUUUGCUGAAGAACCUGAUUUCCGCCGGGUGCGUGUCGUGCUUCUUCGAGAGCGAACGGGGCCUGUUUCCGAACACGGAGUUCGUGUUCGAUCUGGAACUGCCGGAAGAUUUCGUGCCUGAGAACAGCGACGGAGAGGUGCAAGACUUUGAGCUGCUGUCGGCCAACGAGUGCCUGGAGAGGUUAUACUCGCCCGAGUUCAAGACCACCAGCUGCCCGGUGGUAGUUGACUUCAUGAUUCGCCACGGAAUUAUCACGCCGGAGAAUGAGAAAAACUUCACUCAAGUCGUUGAGCUCCUGCACGUUCCACUACAAUCGCUCUACACCUAUCGAUCGCCACCACAGACAAACGGCCUCACCAAUAGCAACGGAUUCAAGAACGGUCGCAUCUAAUACCGUUCGUCUCUCGCAUGCAUCACAAGCAAAAACAAAAAUGGGAAAAUACGAUACAGACCCCCAGAAAAGUUACACACAUCUAUGAUGAAAUUAUAUCCUGACACGAAUAGAUGCAGGUUUUUACGGAAAUUGAUUGCAGUUAGGCUAUUUACAUAAAAAUUAUUAUAUAUUAAUAGGUACUCUUACAUACAUAUUACGCUACGUAGGUGUUCUUGUCUUGUCGUUUUAUAAAACAAACAAAUCAAUCUGCUUAAUCUAUAUAAUCAUUAUAUAUUGCUCUAUCUAUACCCUAGUAGUAGCGCCUAUCGAAGCAAAACAAAAAAAAAUCAAUUGAAUCUUGCAAGCUACAAUCCUUAACACAUCGAUUUGUUUCGAUCCGUUCCGAGAGCGAGAGUUGUUAAUCUUGUUCUCGCUCCUCACACUCCUGUAAGACAAACAACAACAACAGCAGCAGCAGCAGCAGAAGAGACGUUUUUAUGUAUGUAGACUCUAGAUAAAUGUAGAUUCUGUUUUCAAAUUUACCCUAUUUACAAACUGUUUAGCGCUCUUUGAACAAAUUUGCAAUUGAUAAUUCCAAGCUCCGUACUAGUGUGACAUUUGCGGUUUUAUUAUGGCUCAACACACCUUUAAAGCCUUGAUAAAACCAGGAAUGUUACAUGUAUAAGAACGUAUCAUCGAAAUACUUAGGCAAUUUGUGAGAAACGUUACAAAAACAAAAACGAUGAAUCACGCGAACGUAUUAUCUUGUUCCUUGUAAACUCCCUUUUUCUGCUCUAUGAGAACUGUUUACUCAAUUUAGGUGAAAGCGUGAUUGAGAAUCGCCAUCCAAAGUAUACACAACUUUAUCUUUUAGGUAUAUAUUUAUUAAGCUUGGUAGUAUGAUUGUAAGAAGAGAUUUUAUAGUUUGAGAUAACGUGCGAGUGUACGAACACUCGGGUUUGAUUGUUGAUAAGAAAAAGAAGCAGUGCUUGGAAAGCAAAGUUUAAAAACAAAUUUUAUUUAUUUAUUUAUUUACAACAUAUCGUCGCCGGUGGAAUGAGACUAAACAAGGUAACGAAACGGGAGAGAACAUUCUCAUUCCCAUUGGGUAUUUAUUACGAGAGUACGAGAACGUUAGCGACCUAAACAAGAUGUGUUCCAUAUUGUUUAUAUUUUUAUUUGUCUGUAUCAGCACCACAUAGCACCGUUUUCCAGAAAAGAAAAACAACAACAAUGGAUAUCAUUGCAAUUACAAUGGAAAUAGCACGACAUACAUACCUACUGUUUGUAAUAAUUAUCGUUUUCUGGUGAAUAGGCUCCCACGCCGCCUCCCACACGUGUUGAAAUGAUUUUUACCAGAAAUAUACUAGGCAUGUUCUUCAACAGAA